CGCACGGUACUCGCUGUGUUCACACUGCGCAUGCGCUGAGAGACACGACUGCUUGUGUAGCCUCGUGUUAUUUUAUUUUAUUUCAGGUUCCGUGUUUAGUAUUAAAUGUCUUGUGUUGUGUGUAGUGUGUAAAGUAGUGUGUUAUUACACCAUAGUGUCAGUGUGUGGGGGUUAUUACAGCGGUGUCAGUGUGUGGGGGUUAUUACAGCGGAGAGCAGAACUCAGCAGGUGAUGACUGACAGCGUGCAGGACGGGAGGAAGAGGAAUAAGAGGAAGUAUGGAGGCCCCCAGGCGGGUGGUAAGAGAUGGAGGGGUGGCAGGGAGCUGGAGCCGGGCAUGAAGGGCGUCCUGAUCACCUGUAACAUGAAGGAGCGCAGAUGCACCUCAGAGGCCUACAGCCUGCUGAACGAGUAUGCAGAUCAGCUGUUUGGUCCAGAACAGUUAGCAGAGCCUAAAGACAGCAGCAGUGAUGAUGACAUGGAGGCGGCGCUGCAGAAGGAGGUAGAACAGUUCCACUCGUCUACUGAGAAGCGACAAAGACGCUUUACUGCACUCGAUAGUGGAGCAAAUAACGUCUUAUUCAUCCGCACACACAACAUCGACCCAGGGCAGCUGGUACACUCCAUCCUGCAGGAUCUGUACAGUACUCGGAGGUUGAAGUCCAGGGUGAUCUUGCGCAUGUUGCCGGUGAGCGGAUCCUGUAAAGCCUUUCAUGAAGACAUGCUGAAGUUCCUGCACUCAUUUCUGCAACCAUGGUUCCUCUCCCCCAACCAUGCCUCCUACCAGAUCUGCUUCAAAUCCCGCAACAACAGCAGCAGCAAGAGGGAUGACAUCAUCAAGAGCAUUGCUGGUUUGGUGAACCGGUUAAAUCCUAAGAACAAGGUGGACCUGACCGACCCGGAGCUCAGCAUCAUCAUCGAGGUGAUAAAGUCAGUGUGCUGCGUCAGCGUGAUCCGAGAUUACAAACGCUUCAGAAAAUACAAUCUACAGGAAGUGGCCAAGGGCCCGGCCAAUCAGGGGUCAUCCAAACAGGAAGUGGCCAAUGAGCCAGCCACUGAAAAUCUAUCUCAACAGGAAGUGGGGGAAAAUGAAGCAUCUCAGGAGCAGGGUGAGCAGGGUGUGGCAGACGAGGAGCACGAUGAACAGGAAACCAACCAGACAGCAGAUGAGAGUGUGGGUGGGGACAGUAAGGUAAAAGAGGUGGAGCAACAGUAAGGGACCCUAACCCAUAAUGUACACUUCUGCUGAUUGGGAAGAGAAGAGGAACAGAAGACAGAAUGUGUGUGUGUGUGAGUCUGUGUGUGUGUGUGUGAGUCUGUGUGUGUGUGUGUGAGUCUGUGUGUGUGUGUGUGUGUGUGUGUGAGUCUGUGUGUGUGUGUCUAUGUGUGUGUGAGU